AUGUGGACCAUAAUCUGGUUGAUCACCUUUUCCUUUACUCUACCAUUACGAACAGUUUUUUCUCAAAGGGACUGUCCAACCGUGACUGUUCCGAGUGUUGCCACCAGUGUCGAAACUGUCACAGAAAGUACUACUACCACCGAUACAGAUACUUUAUUCUAUUGUUAUGAGUAUACAACUGUAUACGUACAUCGAACAAGAGCCGCAGAAGCAGAAGAUUUCGCUCUCUUCACCCUGACCCCAGUACCCACGGCCAAUCCCGCAGGUUCACCUACCUCAAGCCCAACAACGAUCUUCGUAAACAACUGCGAAACUACUAGUCUGCCCGAUCUCGAUCUGAGGGGAAUGACCAACGCCGAAAGGUUAAAGAGGGGUUUACCAUUAAACAAACCUCGUUUCAGAAAACCUGGCUUCUUACCUAAACCUAGACAAGAACCAAGUUGUAUUACUACAGUAUACGUUACUACACCUACUACCACGCAGACUACUACUACUACAACUACGACUUUUACAGAGGAAACUGUUACAUGUUUAUUAACUAUUGAAGAGACCGUUUAUGUGACACUUGAAGAUGCAAGAGCUGGAGCAGCGGCGACUCGAGUAGGUGCAAAUGAUAGGGAAAUAUCUCCUGCUAAAAUCACACCUGGUGUUUCUCCUCCUGACGUGCAUCAUCCACCCCUGAUGAUUUCGCCAAGUCCAUUGAGACCCUUGACCGAGCAUGUCAAGGUAGAUUGGAACGACCUUUUGGAUGUUGAUUCAUCAGCUUUGGGAGAAUGUACUUCUUUGGCAUACUAUAAGCCUCUUUCAUCCCUCAAUCAAAGUUCUUAUCCAGACUCCAAGCCUGAUUCCCAAGAUCUCAGCGCUAGUUCAACUUGUACGGCGAUCAUCGGACGAGUCCUCAUUCAUCCUUUUCCGAAUCAGAAUGUUGACCAACCUAGAUUAAUCGAUUUGAGGAGGAUUGGGGCUCAAACUGACUGUCUUUCUCCCAUCGAUACUGCUCAAGUUGCACCAACGCCUGAUGAGAUAGUAGAGUUAUUACCUUUCACACCCGGUCUCCCAGAGAAGAUAAAAGGAUGGUCCAAUAAUCUUGACGAACCCUCCAGCCGGAUUGAGCCCAGCCAAUCUCAAGAUUUGAUUGAUGAGCUUCAAGACAAAGAAGACGAUGGAGAUACUGUGCAAGUGGAUUUUCAGGUAUUCGGCGGGCAAGAUAGUUUACAACAAUUGGUUGAAAAGACAGGAAGAGCUGCUUUGACAAAACGAAAUAUCUCUUAA